AUGGGUGGGUGCUCCGCUCCAAAUUGCUCAAACUCAACAACCAUUGGGAAGCAACUGUUUCGUUUUCCAAAAGAGCCUAUACGCAAGAAGAAAUGGCUUGUAAACUGCCGGCGUAAUUGUGUACCAACUCCACAUUCCAGACUGUGUCAGGCAAGUUUAUUAUGGGUGGCUAAAUUUACUGGCUAGCUAGCUAGGUCCACCAGUCAACAGUUUCCUAACUCCAAAUUAGGACAAAACAUGUUGACAAGUUUGCCUACACAUUUAAUAUCAUAACGGUAUUAAUUGAUUUUAGUACACUAUAAUGCACCAAGAGAAAUAUGUCGAUAUUUAGCCAGCUAACGUUAAUCAUACAGCUAUGUCUUCUUGCAGGACCAUUUUGAGCUGAGUCAGUUUGAAGAAAUUGCCAGGUCGCCAGCAGGGGGAAAGAAGCUGAAACCAAAUGCCAUCCCAACUCUUUUCAAUGUGCGAGAUCCACCUUAUCCCAUCACCCCACAUAGAGUGCUACCACUCAAGCCAGAGCCAGGUAACUUUACUUUUUAUUUAUUUCUCAAAAUCACAUAAAAAACAUAUGUGAAAUUAGAUAUUGAUAGAUUACCAGAAAGCACACAAUUGUCAGAUAGUAGAAGCCUAAUGCAAAUGUUGGUCCUGUUGAUCUAACACAACUUUUUUUUAACUGUUCAUUCCUGAUUGUAAAAGUGGAUCAAGUGAGUGAGUCCAAUGUGUUGUUAAUGUUCUGUCUAUCUAGUGGAGAGGGAUCUCAAUGUGGGGGAUCACCGCUACGCACGACGGCAAACAACUCUGGGCAUGGAGGAAGAUGAUGCUGAUGAACUACACAAGACAGAGGAACGUCCCUGCACCCAUUGUCAACAUUACAGAACCCUGCUGGAACAAGAAAUGCAACACACAGCCAGAUUACAGAAAGAGGUGUGGUGCUAGCUCCUUUUUCUAAACUAUUUCAAACUAUUGCCUCAUAUUUCAUAAAACAACUUUCUCCAUUCAAACUUUUUCAUUGUAAGUUAUUGAUACGUUAUGUGCAAUUAUGCAAUGGACACUUCAAUCUUUCAGUCAUUAGAAUGAUUUUACAGGGAAAAACAACAACAUUUUGUGAGCGUCUUUGAAAAGACAACACCUCAACAUGUAUGUUAUCUCAUCUUUUGUGCAGGUAGAGGAAAUGAAAAAGCGGAUGUUCAGACUGGACAGAAUAGAGAGGGGCCUCCAGACAUUUCUGUAUGAAGAUCAGGUCCGUGCCCUGACCCUGACCAAGCGUUCCCGGAGAGCUGUGUGGUCCCACGAGACUGUGCUGAAGGCCCGUAAGAUCCGAUGUGCGGUUGGUGACAAGGGUUAUGAAUUCCUCCGGGAGUUAGGCUACCCCCUGCCCUCUUAUAGAACUUUAUGCAACCGCCUGGAGAACAAAAUCAUGGUGACGACAGCCAUGGGCUGUGAUGAGCUGGCAGAGCUAGGUCUAGGAAUCAUAUCCACAUGUGAUAGUCCAGACGAUGAGGAGGCUUUCAUUGGCGUGAUGUCAUGA